UUCCCGGCCGCCGCCCAGGGCGCUCACAGGAAGGGCUGGCUGAGGGCAGGACCACAGCUGACUCUCCAGGGCUGGUGCUCGCGUCCUCCCACCUUCCAGGCCCCGGACUGACGGUCCCCUGCCAAGAGAGGUGACAGCCGCGGCACCCCUGCGCUUCCUGUCGCCGGCGUCCGCGCGGACCAUGCUUUCCAGCCUGCGGAGGUGGGGCGCCAGCAGCUCCUACGCGCGGCUCCCCCGGGGCCCCCAGGCGCAGAAAUGCAGUCCAGAGAAAAAUGCAUCAUUCUUCAGUAAGAUGACAUAUUCCUGGUUUAGCAGAAUAAUUAUUUUAGGCUAUAAGAAACCUUUGGAAAGAGAAGAUCUUUUUGAACUAAAUGAAAGUGAUUCCUCCUAUACCGUGUGUCCCAUCUUUGAAAAACAAUGGAGGAAGGAAGUUUUAAGGUAUCAAGAGAGGCAAAAAGUAAAGUCAUCGUUUCAUAAAGAGACACAUACCAGGAAACCAUCUCUACUGUGUGCAUUGUGGAACACCUUUAAGUUCGUCCUGAUUCAGGUUGCUUUAUUCAAAGUGUUUGCUGUUAUUUUGUCCUUCACUAGUCCACUCAUAAUGAAGCAAAUGAUCAUUUUCUGCGAACACGGCCCCAAUUUUGGCUGGAGUGGCUACGGUUAUGCUUUGGUGCUUUUCAUUGUCGUCGUUUUGCAAACUCUGAUCCUUCAGCAAUACCAACGUUUUAACAUGCUCGCUUCAGCAAAAAUUAAGACAGCUGUAAUUGGACUCAUCUACAAAAAGGCCCUACUUUUAUCUAAUGCUUCUAGAAAAAAGUUUUCCACUGGGGAAAUUAUUAACUUGAUGUCAGCAGAUGCCCAACAACUCAUGGACUUGACGGCAAAUGUCAAUCUCCUUUGGUCAGCCCCUUUUCAAAUCCUGAUGGCCAUGUCACUCAUUUGGCAGGAGCUGGGUCCAGCAGUGUUAGCAGGGGUGGCAGUCCUUGUGUUUGUUAUACCAUUAAAUGCUUUCGUUGCAACUAGAAUGAAACAGCUGAAGAAAAGCAAAAUGAGGAACAAAGAUAAACAGAUCAGACUGCUCUAUGAAAUCUUACAUGGAAUUAAGAUUCUCAAACUUUAUGCAUGGGAACCCUCCUAUAAAAAGAAGGUAAUUGAGAUUCGAGAACAGGAACUGGAAAUUCAAAAAUCAGCUGGAUAUCUUGCUGUAUUUUCUAUGCUGACGUUAACUUGCAUUCCAUUCUUGGUGUCCUUGGCAACAUUUUGCAUCUAUUUCUUACUGGACGAAGGAAACAUUUUAACAGCCACAAAAGUGUUCACAUCUAUGUCUUUUUUUAAUAUUUUGAGGCUUCCGCUGUUUGACUUACCAAUGGUGAUCUCAGCUGUGGUCCAGACAAGAAUAUCAUUGGGUCGUUUGGAAGAUUUUCUCAACAGUGAGGAACUUCUUCCUCAAAGUAUUGAAACAAACUACAUAGGAGAUCAUGCCAUUGGCUUUACAAAUGCUUCCUUUUCCUGGGAUAAAACAGGGAUUCCAGUAUUAAAAGACUUGAACAUAAAGAUUCCAGAAGGAGCUUUAGUGGCUGUUGUAGGGCAGGUUGGGUCUGGAAAAUCAUCUGUGCUUUCUGCUAUCCUGGGGGAAAUGGAGAAACUUACAGGAGUAGUCCAAAGAAAGGGCUCUGUGGCUUACGUUUCCCAGCAGGCCUGGAUUCAGAAUUGCAUUUUGCAAGAAAACAUUCUCUUUGGCUCCGUCAUGCAAAAGCAGUUUUAUGAGCGGGUGUUGGAAGCCUGUGCUCUCCUCCCUGAUUUGGAGCAGUUACCAAAUGGAGAUCAAACUGAGAUUGGAGAAAGAGGUGUGAAUAUAAGUGGGGGUCAGAAGCAUCGAGUAAGUCUGGCCAGAGCCGUAUAUAGUGGGGCCGACAUCUAUCUCCUGGAUGACCCCUUGUCUGCAGUUGAUGUUCAUGUUGGGAAGCAACUUUUUGAAAAAGUGAUCGGGUCCUCAGGCAUACUGAAAAACAAGACUCGAAUUUUAGUGACACACAACCUCACACUUCUACCACAGGUGGAUCUUAUUGUUGUGAUGGAAAGUGGCAGAGUAGCGCAAAUGGGGACAUACCAGGAACUGCUGUCCAAACCCCUAAGUCUCGCGAAUUUGCUUCAGGCCUUCAGUGGGCAAGAAAAAGCUCAUGCUUUAAAGCAAGUCAGUGUAAUCAACUCCAGAACUAUACUGAAAGACCAAACCCUGGAGCAAAAUGAUAGGCCUUUAUUGAAUCAAGGAAAACAGUUCUCAGUGAAAAAAGAAGUGGUUCCUGUUGGUGGGGUGAAGUUCUUGAUCAUUCUGAAGUACCUCCGAGCCUUCGGCUGGCUCUGGGUGUGGCUGAAUGUGGCCACUUACCUAGGGCAGAAUUUGGUGGGCAUCUGGCAGCAUCUGUGGCUGAGUGACUGGGCUAAAGAAGCAAAGCACAUGAGUGAUUUCACAGAAUGGAAGCAAAGAAGAAGCAAUAGACUUAACAUCUAUGGAUUAUUGGGAUUAAUGCAAGGUCUCUUUGUUUGCUCUGGAGCCUAUGCACUGACCAGGGGAUCCUUGGCUGCCUCUCGAACUUUGCAUGCUCAGCUGUUGGAUAAUGUGCUGCAUCUCCCGCUCCAGUUUUUUGAAACCAAUCCCAUAGGCCAGAUCAUCAGUCGGUUCACCAAGGACAUGUUUAUAAUUGAUAUACGUUUCCAUUACUACUUACGGACCUGGGUGAAUUGUACAUUGGAUGUCGUCGGAACAAUUUUGGUCAUUGUGGGAGCUUUGCCACUCUUCAUUCUGGCGGUUAUUCCCUUGGUUUUCCUCUAUUUCACUAUACAAAGAUACUACGUGGCGAGCUCUCGGCAGAUUCGGCGGUUGGCAGGGGCAUCACGCUCUCCUGUCAUUUCCCACUUUAGCGAGACUCUUUCGGGGGUGCCCACCAUCAGGGCAUUUGGACAUGAACAGAGGUUCAUCCAGCAAAACAAAGAGGUGGUGAAUGAGAAUUUGGUCUGUUUCUACAAUAAUGUGAUUUCAAACAGGUGGCUGUCUGUUAGACUUGAAUUUCUUGGCAACUUGCUGGUGUUCUUCGCUGCACUGCUUGCUGUGCUGGCUGGCAAUUCCAUUGAUUCAGCAGUAGUUGGUCUGUCCAUAUCCUAUGCCCUAAAUAUUACUCAGUCUCUGAAUUUUUGGGUAAGGAAAGCAUGUGAAAUUGAAACCAAUGCAGUUUCCAUUGAAAGAGUUUGUGAAUAUGAAAAUAUGGAUAAAGAGGCACCCUGGAUAAUGUCUAAAAGGCCUCCAUCACAAUGGCCUAAUAAAGGGAUAGUGGAGUUUAUUCAUUAUCAGGCUCGAUACCGAGAUGAUCUUGGCUUAGCAUUACAGGAUAUCACUUUUCAGACUCAUGGGGAAGAAAAGAUUGGAAUUGUGGGACGAACUGGAGCCGGCAAAUCAACACUAUCCAAUUGCCUAUUUAGAACUGUGGAAGGAUCAGGAGGCAAAAUUAUUAUUGAUGGAAUUGAUAUAUCUUCUAUUGGGCUUCAUGACCUUCGUGGCAAACUUAAUAUUAUUCCACAGGAUCCUGUUUUAUUUUCUGGAACCCUUCAGAUGAACCUAGACCCCCUAGACAAGUAUUCUGAUGGCCAGCUGUGGGAGGUGCUGGAACUGUGUCACUUAAAAGAAUUUGUGCAGUCCCUUCCCAGGAAGCUGCUGCAUGAGAUUUCAGAGGGCGGUGAAAACCUCAGCGUUGGACAACGACAGCUCAUCUGUCUUGCUCGUGCAUUGCUGAGAAAAACAAAAAUUCUCAUCUUGGAUGAGGCAACAGCCUCCAUCGAUUUUGAGACUGACAACUUGGUGCAGGCCACAAUCAGGAAGGAGUUUUCCGACUGCACCAUCCUGACGAUCGCCCACAGACUGCAUUCUGUCGUGGAUUCAGACAGGGUGCUUGUUCUAGACUCUGGGAGGAUUACAGAAUUUGAAACACCACAGAAUUUGAUACAGCAGAAAGGACUUUUCUUCGACAUGCUAACAGAAGCAGAAAUAACACAAGUCUCAGGGACAAAAAUUAAAUAGUUUUGGAUUGUGCUUGAUUAUACCAAAUAAAAAAAAAUCAGUAUUUGAAAAAAUAAUGACAGGGAAGAAAUGCAAAAAAGUGGGCAGAAAACCACUGGUCAGCACAAAUAGGGAUAAGCACCCUCACUGAACCCAUCCAGGGCUGCACUCAGCCUUCUUUCUUCCAUUCGUGCCCUUGGGGGUCUCUGCCUUUUCCCUGUUGCCUAAGUACUCAAUGCCAUUUACCCUUUAGGUCUCUGUUUGAGAGGCACCUUCUCCAGAGUAUCCCCUGAUUUCCACCCCUGCUCUCCAGUCUGAUCCAGAUGCCCCUUUUCUGUGCUCUGACUACCCCCUUGUGCAUACCUUUAUCACGGUAGGGACCAUACUCUGUUUUAAUUCUUUAGCCUGUCUCCGCACUAAGGCUACAUGAAGUCAAGUGCCCAGUUUCAGCCGAGUUUGUGUGUUAGGUUCCUAGCAUAGUGCCUCUCAGAUCGUUGAUACUCAACAAACGUGUAGAUUGAAUGACUAGGUGUUUUAGGAUAAUAGUAUAUGGGCACUGACAUACAUAUUUACUAUGUGUUGAGUUACUGUACAGUGUAUAAAAUUACGGAGGAAUCAGAAAAAACAUUGAGUUAUUCAGUUGCUUUUUUGGAAAGAUUAAUUAUAUGUUAACUGAAUUUUAUGAUGUGCUUUAUUUAAAAAUAAUAUUUUAUAAUAUUUUUACUGUUUCCUUUUAUAUUUUUUAUGGGACAUCAUUUUUUGGCUGGAGUUAACCUCAGUGGGUUAUGUAUCAGAAAUUGUUAAAUUUCUAGUACUAAUUAUAUUUUGAAGGGCUUUUUAAUUUGGUGGUUUUAUGUAAUAGAAGCAACAUAAUUUCUCCGAAUUGCCCUUCAAAUUUGAAGUUUUCAAACUUCAAUAGUAUUUUCCUUUCAAGGUGAUUUUAAUAAAGUAUUUUAAUAUGUUAAGAUCUAUCAACCAUUUCUUUUAUCCUCUUUUUCUCCUUCCUAUGCAACAACUUUUUACAACUUCAUUUUAUACCCUAAAGGUACUUAUGAAAAUUUUCCUUGAAUUAUAAAUCCCUUUAUUAACUCAAGCUUCCUUCCUUAGAAUUUGUCACUUAAAAUGUUGUCCUGUCUUUGUAAUCCUUGAACUGCCUACCGCUAUGUUUUGUACUCUGUAAACAUUGAGUAAAUAUGUGUUGAAUUCCAUUAAGAAAGGGAAUUGGAUAUUUCAUUAAUGAGUGAAAAGAAAGCAAAAAUAAAUUUUAAAAAUUACUA